UUUUUCUCUGUUCACUUACAAAAAAAAAAAAAAAAAAAUCACAAAAAAAAAAAUUAUAGUGGCGUGGCAACAUUAAGUUGUACAGAUUCAUCAACAGCAUCAUCUGAUGCAUCAGAUCCUGGUUCACCAUAUAGUCCAUUAAGUGGUAACGGAGAUGAUCUACAAAAUCAAAAUAUUAGAAAACAAAAAUUAUCAACAUCAUUAUCAACAACAACAUUAUUAUCCUCAUCGAUCUCAUCACCUUUAUCAUCUAUAUUAGCUAUAUCAAAUAAUAAUAAUAAUAACAAUAAUAAUAGUAAUGUUAAUAUUACUAAUAAAAAUGUUAUAUUAUCACCAAAAAUUGAUGCUGCAUUAACAACAACAACAACAACAACAACAAAAUCUUUAAUAAAUUCAACGCAAUCAUUAAUAAUGCCUCCAUCACAAGUUCUUUUAUCUAAAACAAAAUUAACUGAAUCUUCUAUAACACCAAAUUCUAAUAAUAAUGAUAAUAAUAAUAAUACUAAUAAUAAUAAUAUAAAAAACAUAAUAACAUCAAAACAAAUAGAUAAUUGUGUUACACAAACAUCAGCUGCUGCUCAAAUAGCAUCAAUUGAUAAAUUAAUUCCAGUAACAGCAAUUAAUUCACCAUUAUCAUCAUCUAUGCAACAUAAAUCAAAUCAAUUAACAGCAGUAGCAGCAUUACAAUUAAAUAAUCAAAUAUUACAAUCACAAAAUCAAAAUAAUUUACAACAACAACAGCAACAGAACCUUAUACAACAACAGAAAUUAAAUUUAAAUUUAUGGUCAUGGCAUAAAAUUCAUACAAAUAAUAAUAAUAUUAAUAAUAAUAAUAAUAGUAUAAAUGAUAAAAUAAAAAAUAAUGAUAAAAUAUUAUCACCUGCCAUAUUAUCAUCAACAACAUCAAUAACAGCAACUACUACAACAGCAUUAACAACGACAACAACUUCUUCUUCAUCAUUAUCACAAUCGUUGUCUUCGUUACCAUUAAAUUCAAUUAACACUGCCAACAAUCAGACUUUAAAUAAUAAUACUCAAAAUAUAACAAAUUCUACUAACACAAUAAUUGGCGCCGGUAGCAUUAAUGUGAAUAGUGGAAUGAGUAAUAUUGUUAAUAAUAAUAUUAAUAAUUUAAGUUCAACUAAUUUUAAAAUAAAUAAUAAUAAGAAUAAUAAAAGAUCAUCAACGUUAAAUGUGAAUGAUAAUAUAAAUAAUAAUAAUAAUAGUAAUAAUAAUAAUUGUUCACUAACAAGUUUAGCUGCCAAUAAAAAAACACGUUUAAAUAAUAAUAAUAGUAUUAACAAUAAUAAUAAUAAUAAUAGUAAUAAUAAUAACAAUAGUAAUAAUAACAAUACUUUAUUAAACCAAAGUAUUCCACCUUUAAUAAGUACAACACAUUCAGCAUCAAUAUUAUCAAAUCAAAUAGGACUUAUUGCUGCUGCCGCUGCUGCUGCUGCUGCUACAACAAAUAAUUCAUCAUCAGCUAUAACACAGCAACCAUUAAAAACAACUUUAUUAAAUACAUCAAUAAAUAAUAAUAAUAUAACUAAUAAAAGACUGAAAUUGGCUGCCAAUGAAGAAUCACAAACAAAAAUUACGGGUUAUUUCAAAAUGAAACAAAAAUCCAAACCAUUAAAUCAUGCGGCACAACCCAUGGAUAUAAAAUCAAUAACAACAUCAACGACAACAACAACAUGUAUAACAACAAUAAAUACGACAACAGUUGCAUCAAAUAAUUCAAAAACUCGUACAAUAUCAUCUAUACCACCAUUACUUAGAAAAAUUGAUCGUAGUAAAACAAAAGUUGCUCAAGUUGCACCAAAUUUACGUAAAACAACAUCAGCUCAAACAAAUUUACAGUUGCCUCUUUUAGCACCAAAAUCUCCAAAAAAACCGGUUGCAAUUGCUCCACGUAUCGGUGAUAUUAAACCGAAAACAAUAAAUUCAUUAACAAAUCAAUCAACAAGUCAACCGUCUCAGGUCAAAGGUGGUAAUCCUGUUUUAUUAGCGUCUGCAACUGUAGGAAAUGCACCAAAUCAUUCACAACCACCACCAUUACAAAGUAUUGAUCCAGCAAAAUUACAAGUAAGCGCACCAGGAACUCAACAAAAUCCUCAACCAGCAGUUUUACUAACAGCAAUUCGUAUACCACAACAACAAGCUGCACAAUUGCAACUGGCCAAUGCAGCAAAUCAAUUGAAUAAAACUGCUACAAAUAUUGCAGCAUCAUCACAAAAUACGAAAUUGAAUUCAGCUCAACAUAACAAUCAAAAUAAUACAGCAGCUGCAAUAGCCAAUGCUGCUACUGCCGCAGGAUCUCUUUAUCAAAUACCGAUGAUGCCAAAUUUGGUUCAAAUCCCAAAUAUUAUUGCGGCAGCCAAUGCAAACGGUGCUACAAAUUUACUUGUACAGCCAAAUGGUCAAUUGACUACUGCUGCAAGAGUUAAUAAUGCUAAUAUAGCAGCAGCUGCUGCCGCUGCACAAUUACAGUUGUAUGGAACUGUUAUAAAAUUCCAACAACAAAUUGCUGCAGCUGCUGCUGCUGCCAGCCAAUCGAAUCCGCAACAAAACACUGCCACAAAUGGUCUUCUAGCAAUGGACCCCACACAAUUAACUAAUUUAUUAAUGAAAUCUUCGUUGGCUCAAAAUGUGAUACCAUUAAGUACAAUAAACACAACUACAACAACGGCAGCUUCAACGCAACAAACAAAAACAAUCGCCACAAAUAGUGUUCUUUCUAGUUUACAACCAACUCAAACACCAAGUAUUUUAGCAGCUCAACCUCCACAUUUGAGUCGAAUUACGGCACCUCAAUUAUUCAUGGCAACAUCAAACGGAUAUUUACUGAAUGCUACAACACUGCCAACUGGAGCUAUUUUUGCUAAUUCCGCUGCAAAAUCACAAAACGCUAUUCCUCAAACUUUGCCUGCGUUGCAACCGAUUCAGUCACCUUCAAUACAAACUUCGACUUCAAGUGUGAAUCAGCAAGCCACUAAUAAUGCAGCCAGUUUUUUGCCAAGCUUGAGUGCAAUUUUACAAGCUCAUCAAAAUCAUCAACAACAACAAGCUGCUUCUUUUAUUUUAAAUGCUGCAACACAACAAUCAGAUUCAACAACAACAGGGAGCAGUUUUUUACAAAAUGCUAUUUGUUCAAAUGCACAACAAGAGCCUAAGCUUCUACCUCCUCUUUUGCCUGCAUCUAAUCUUUCAAAUUUUGGAAAUGGCAAUAAUUCAAAUGCCACGGCUGCUGCAGUAGCUGCCGCAGCAGUUUUAGCUAAAUCUGGUCAAUUACCUACAUCAAUACCUAAAACUGCAAUGAUCUCGUCCUCACAAGUUCCUCCUCCACCUUUAGUUUUAAGUAAUACGGAAAUUGUUAAGAAAAUUUCAAGCAUUGCAAAACCCAAUCAAAGAGGUCGAAAACCAUCAGCAUUAAAUUCGUUAAGUUCAAAUGUUAAGCCUCAACGUAAAAAGCGUGGCGCUAAACAAAAUACAGCAAAUAUUAAACUGCAACAAAGUCAGCAAAAAAUUCGUCCAAAAGAUAAAAUUAAUAUGAUGCCAUUGGUUCCACUGGUACCGAUCUCAAACAAAAAUACCAUAAAACUGCCAAUAGAUAAUAAGACUAAGAUUAGUUUCAAUAGAUCGUCCCCACCACCGUUGGAAGAAAUUAAAAAGCCAGUAAAUAUAAGUACUCUUCCACCGCCAAUCGUGCCAAUAUCAAGGGAAAAACUAUUAACGCCUCACUAUGAAUCAAAAACUGAAUCUGAUACAAAGUCUGAUCACAUACCUGAACUUAGUUUCGAAGGCAAAAUUGAACAACAAAUUAAUGAAAAACUUAUUGAAAAUGCUGAACGAAAAACAGAAAGUACUAUAAUCCCAAAACCAAAAGACAUUGUAACGAUGCCAAAUGAUAUUAAACUUCCAGCAGAAGAAAGUAAAAUAACUGAAGACAGUGAUGAUUCGUUAAGUAAGAACGCAUUAUCAAAUUGUAAGGAAAACGAUACAAAUCAUUCGAAAUCAGUAUCUUUAGAUGAAAUGUUAGAUGAAAGCUUUUCAAAAGCUGCAACGAAAGAAAGUUCAGAAGAAUCAGGUGGAUUCGAUGAAAAAUCCGAAUGUGACAAGUCUGAGUUCGAAGGUAAACUUAUUAUUAAGGAAGACAUGUCUUUCGGUAAUGAAAUAGAUUCAGAUUGUAAAAAAGAAGAGGAAGAAGAUGAAGAAGAUAGUCACGAGAUAAUUAAAGAGAAAAAGGAAAUAAUCGAAAAAGAAGAACAAAAUGAAAGUUUGGACCAUAACAAUUAUAAAAACUUUAAUAAAGAAAAUUUCGAAAAUAAGAUAGCAGACGACAUUUUCGAAGACAGUAUGAAAAAUAAUUUCCAAAAUAUUUUCGAAAAUAAUUUCGAUGAAAAACUUGAAAAAAAAUUGAUUGCAUUUGAAGAAAAAUUACGACAAAAUUAUAAAGAACAAUUCAAAGAAAAUUAUGAAGCUAAUGUGGACGCAAUGGCUGAUGAAAAGGUUAAAGAAAAAUUCGAAUCCCUUUCACAACAAAUUGAUGAAUCAAUUAAGGAAGAUGUCAUCAAAAUGGAAACAACACAACAUUUAAAAAUAUUUUCUGAAUCUUCUUUAUCCUCAAAUUCAUCAUUUUCAAUUUCAUCUGGAGUUGUUGCAAAUGCAAUUGCUGCAGCUGCAGCUGAAGAUACAACUACAUCAUCAUUACAUUUAUCAAUUGAUUCACAAAUGUACGAUUCUCAAUUAGCAGCAGAAGUUCAAGUAAAACUUGAGGAUAUUGCAAUGUCAAAAAAUGUUUUCUUUUCAAAUGUAACACCACCAUGUAUUCUAUCAUCGUCAUCAUCAUCAUCAUCGGCUUUAUUAUCAUCAACUUCAAUAUGUACAUUAGCAAAUACUUUUUCUACAACAACAACAGUAUCAGCUUCAGCUAUUUCAACUCCUGUUGCUAAAAUUGAUUUCAUUACAAAUUCAUCGAUUCUAAAACCAACUGAAAUUGAUACAGAAAUCGCUAAUAAUAGUAUAGAAAAAAUUGAUGAUACAAUUGGUGUUGAAACAUUACAAAAAUGUGCCAUAAGUCCGAUUUUAUCACAACCAAAAACUAUACGAUUUCCAGCACCUGGUGAAAUGGGUUAUCGUUUCGGAACAAAAGGUCCUAAACGACGUGAUGGUUUUUGUUAUUGGGAUGGAUGCAAUACAAAACAUGAAACUUGUUCAAAAUUAAUUGAUCAUUUACAAAAUAUUCAUGUUAAUUCACAAACAGGACCAUUUAAAUGUUUAUGGAAUGGUUGUAAGGUGCAUGCCCGUGAAUCAUGUUCAAGAAGAUGGCUUGAAAGACAUGUUUUAUCACAUGGUGGCUCAAAAAUGUUUAAAUGUAUUGUUGAUGGCUGUGGUUUAAGAUUUAGUUCACAGCUGGCACUUCAAAAACAUGUUAAUGGACAUUUUAAUACAAUAGAAAAUAAAGAAUCAAAUCCGAAGAGAACAUCUGAUCCACCUGUACCAAAACAAUUAAAGAAAACUGGUAAAAAAUUACGAUAUCGUCUUCAACCUUUCUCAGCUCGUAUGUUCGAUUAUAUCGAUUCUGGUAUUAUGGAAGGUUUAGUACAUCGUAUACGUAUUAGAACAGCAGUUAAUGGUGCACCAGGUGAUUGUUUAGCAUUUAAUGGUCAUCCAAUUGCAAGAAGAACAAAACCAAAUGGUAUUAAAGAAAUCUUAGUACAAUGGAAACCAUGUGGAAUUAUUGAAAAUGAAUGGAUAACGGAACCAAUAAAUAUCAAUUCAGAAUCAUUAACAAAACGAAUGAAAUAUUCAGAAUUUUCAUGUGAUGAAAAAAUUAAUUUAAAUAAUUAUUUACGUUCAGCUAAUUUACAUACCGAUAUUUGUACAAUGGCAAAACGUAAUUGUUCAAAUCCAUUUUCAUUUGAUAAUCGUAAUGAAAUUUUUAAUAAAAUCUUUUGUAAUUUUAAUAAUAAAAAAAUUAAUAUUACAAAUAGUAAUAAUAAUAAUAAUGAUAAUAUAAUUAAAAAAAAAUUAAGUACAUUUGAUCCAAAUAAUGAUUAUGAUGAUGAACCAUCAAUGUCAUCAACAACAACAACAGCAACAAAAACAUCAUCAAUUAUUGAUAAUUCAUCAUCUACAUCAUCUACAUCAUCAUUAUCUGAUGAUAUUAAUAAUUAUAGUAGUAGCGGUUAUUAUUCAAUAUCAACUAAAUGUAGCGGUAAUAUUAGACAAUGUAUGGAAAAACAUUUACAAUUUAAAAAUAAAUUAAAUAAUAAACAAUCACGUAAACCAUCAAAAAUCAUAAAAACGAUAUUAGAACCAUCGUGA